AUGAUGGCAGCUGUGGAAAGUGAUCCCAAAUCGAUCCUAGCCGUCGGAAGCAGACCGGUAACUCCGUCAGGUAAAAAAGGCCGCGACAGUCCGGCCAGACAAUCCACACCACCUAACAGGAACGCGUCCCGUGCCGGUAGUGGUCGACUCCAUACAUCAGUGACAUCACCGAUUAGAAAUGGGAAUGGCAACCCAAAUGCACCUGCCGAAAAUUCCAAGAGCCAACAAGAGGGCAAGGCAUAUUCUCAACGGAUGAGUGACAUAACAGCAGAUUCCGUCAAGGCAACAAACGCACUCCCGCUGCCUUCGAAACUGGAAUCUUCCGAAGAUGAACGUAACAAUGGACCCAAUGUUGCGUGGACGGUAUCCGAUCCAACACCGAGAUCCAACAUAUCUGACAACAAAAGUCAAAAACAAAAAGAGGAUGAAGAAGACGAGGGUGGAGGUAUAUUUCUGACGCAGUCUUUGGUGACCCCAAGAGAAAAGAGUGGGCCUGAGAUUGUGAGUUCCAGACCAGCUCGUGUGACAUUCAAAUCUGAGGAAAUGGAACCUAAAUACAAAAACUCGGUGCCAGCUUCUGCUAAAUCACAACAGCUUGUUCCAGCAAAGAAUGGUUCAGAAAGCAACGAUUUAGACUUCUUCGCGGUCAUGGACGACAUUGUGAAGUCCGUGGAUUCGAAACCCAAAAUAGUCUGCAGUAUUUGUGGCAAGACAUUCUCCAGUCCGCGUAUUUUGCCUUGUCUACACUCACUAUGCUUCCCGUGCCUUGACAAAAUGUUGACGGAAUCAUCGGAUGAACAAACGUUUCCGUGUCCUGAAUGUAAAGAAAAUGUACCACGUGUUUCACCCGAGUUCAUCAAUAACGUAUACCUGGAAGGAAUCUUAGGAGUGGAAAAUUCGAAGUUAGGAGAGUCUGCAUUCUGCGAAAUUUGUUCUCUAAAGAACAUGAAGACACCAGCAAAGUACGAAUGUCUUGAUUGUGUCGACCUAUUGUGUGAGAGUUGUGGGAAUGCUCACUUAUCGACACGUGCUACUGUAGAUCAUCGCGUGGUGUCGCUUCAGGAGAUCGCCACGGGGAAGUACGACGACGAGAUUAGGAAGAGAAUCCGCGUUAAAUGUCGUCAUCACAAGGACGAGCCAUUCGAGAGCUUCUGCAAGAAAUGUAAUUUGAUGGUGUGUCGGGAGUGCAUGAUAUUUGAUCACCGAGAACAUGAUUGUGUUUCCUUACAUGACGCUCACAAAGCAACAGAAACAAAUCUGAUGAGUCUCAUGGGAAGUGUCACCAGAAAGCAACGUGAGAUUUCCCUGAAAAGAACGAGAGUUGAUACGUCAAUGUCUGACAUUGAUACAAAGGAGAAAACAUUGAUCGAUUACGUGAAUGAUCUCACACAACAAAUGAUACAGAAGCUGAAUCGUGAACGCGAGGAGGUGGUUGGUAAACUCCAAAGACACAUGAACGUGCAGAGGACAGAAUGUCGGGAGGAGAAGGGCAAAAUUGAUAAGGAGCUUGUCCGUAUCAACAGCGGACUUGCAUUUUGCCAUCAGGUCACGCAUAACGGGAAACAAGAUGAAGUGCUCUUCAUGGCGCCAACUCUCGCUAAAAGGCUUAAAGAACUGGCACAGUCGCCGAUGGCAGAUCGGCCCGAUGUUGCACUAGAGUUCCCCAAUAUCAGUCUGACUGACGAAUAUAAGAUCACGGAAGCUGUAGACGUCUUUGAGUUCACACCAGAAAAAGAGAAUGUUACGAGUUCCAGAAUAUCCAAAGGAUUCGGAAAAACGAUGGCAGUCUCUUUUCAGUUUAUGGACAGAAUCGACAUAACGGGAGAUACCGACAAUCUGCCACCGAAAAUCACAGGGCUGGCAUGCACAGGUAACGGAAAUCUUGUGGUUGCUGAUAGUAACAAUUCUAAUGUGAAACUCUUUUCUACAACAUGGGUGUUUAUUGACACGCUACUUACGUGCAGACCCGUGGCUGUAGCCGCGUGUAAUAACACCGUCUGUGUCAGCGACCGCUUCUCCAUUCAGCUCAUAUCAACCGAUAAGAAGUUCAAACGCAGAAUUUCCCUGGAAGGCUCCGGGUCACUUUUUGCCGUGACGAACUUUCAAUUGCGGUAUUUUAUGUUUGUCACUCCUCUUCAACAGAAGUUCAAAGUUUACGACACUAGAGGUGAGUUCGUGCAAGAGUUCCGCAUGCCCAAAGCUAGACGAAAGGGAAUGCAUCGCACUGCCAUGCAUAUCACGUCUAAUAGUAAGGGCGAGAUGUUGACCUCUGACUGGGGGUCAUUCUCUAUAGUACAUACGAACACCGAUGCUGAGAUACUACACGAGUACAAAUGUGGCACCAUCGGUCGCUAUAACAACGGUUGGAUGCCUGGGGCACUCUCUGUCGACGCAUACGACAAUGUACUCGUGGCCGAUCAGCAGAAUAACCAGCUCAUGAUUCUGUCGCCUGAUUUCAAGGUCAUCCACAAGCGGAAGGUUAAACGAGACAAGCUUGAGCGUCCCACCACUAUGGCAAGUGAUACCCACGGCCACUACUUCGUGGCGGGCAAAGGUAACUGUGUCAACAUUUACAUGUGCAAAUAUGGAUAA